GAGAACCAGGAGCGCACAGCCUGGACGCGUGCGCAGGCGCCAGGCGCAGAGACCUGCUAGCCGCUCAGCUCGCAGCCCCGCCCGCGCUUAGCAUCACUAACUGGGCUAUAUAACCUGAGCGCCCGCGCGGCCGGGACACGAGGAAUUCGCCCACGCAGAAGGCACGGCGUCCGGAGGCCCCAGGGUUAUGAGACUACCACCACUCAGGACCUACUAACAACAAAGGAAACAGAAACAUGACCAAAUCGUACAGCGAGAGUGGGCUGAUGGGUGAGCCUCAGCCCCAAGGUCCUCCAAGCUGGACAGACGAGUGUCUCAGUUCUCAAGACGAGGAGCACGAGGCAGACAAGAAGGAGGACGACCUUGAAGCCAUGAACGCAGAGGAGGACUCACUGAGGAAUGGGGGAGAGGAGGAGGACGAAGACGAGGACCUGGAAGAGGAGGAAGAAGAGGAAGAGGAGGAUGACGAUCAAAAGCCCAAGAGACGCGGUCCCAAAAAGAAGAAGAUGACCAAGGCUCGCCUGGAGCGUUUUAAACUGAGACGCAUGAAGGCUAACGCCCGGGAGCGGAACCGCAUGCACGGGCUGAACGCGGCGCUAGACAACCUGCGAAAGGUGGUGCCCUGCUAUUCUAAGACGCAGAAGCUUUCCAAAAUUGAGACUCUGCGCUUGGCCAAGAACUACAUCUGGGCUCUGUCAGAGAUCCUGCGCUCAGGCAAAAGCCCAGACCUGGUCUCCUUCGUUCAGACGCUUUGCAAGGGCUUAUCCCAACCCACCACCAACCUGGUUGCCGGCUGCCUGCAACUCAAUCCUCGGACUUUUCUGCCUGAGCAGAACCAGGACAUGCCCCCGCACCUGCCGACGGCCAGCGCUUCCUUCCCUGUACACCCCUACUCCUACCAGUCUCCUGGGCUGCCCAGUCCACCUUACGGUACCAUGGACAGCUCCCAUGUCUUCCACGUCAAGCCGCCGCCGCACGCCUACAGCGCAGCGCUGGAGCCCUUCUUUGAAAGCCCUCUGACUGAUUGCACCAGCCCUUCCUUUGACGGACCUCUCAGCCCGCCGCUUAGCAUCAAUGGCAACUUCUCUUUCAAACACGAACCGUCCGCCGAAUUUGAGAAAAAUUAUGCCUUUACCAUGCACUAUCCUGCAGCGACCCUGGCAGGGGCCCAAAGCCACGGAUCAAUCUUCUCGGGCACCGCUGCCCCUCGCUGCGAGAUCCCCAUAGACAAUAUUAUGUCCUUCGAUAGCCAUUCACAUCAUGAGCGAGUCAUGAGUGCCCAACUCAAUGCCAUCUUUCACGAUUAGAGGCACGCCAGUGUCACCAUUUCCGGGAAACGAAACCACUGUGCUUACAGUGAUUGUCGUGUUUACAAAAGGCAGCCCUUUGGGUACUACUGCUGCAAAGUGCAAAUACUCCAAGCUUCAAGUGAUAUAUGUAUUUAUUGUCAUUACUGCCUUUGGAAGAAACAGGGGAUCAAAGUUCCUGUUCACCUUAUGUAUUAUUUUCUAUAGCUCUUCUAUUAUGAAAAA